AUGGAAAGCCUUCAUAACCAUAAAAUCCAUAUCCCUCUAUUUUCUCUGUUUUUUUUUCUCCUCCACUUUUCAUCCCUUCACUUUCUCUCUUUAGCAUGUGAGCAACCUCAUAAGUAUUUCGUUAAUUGUGGGUCUAAAGCUGAUGCAAACCUCAGUGGCCGGGUGUUCACUGCAGACUCGAGUUCUGGUUUUUUGUGCUCAGAGAAAAGCAGGGCCAUUGAAAGAACCAACCAGUCGCCAAGUCCGUACCAAACAGCAAGAAUUUUCUACAACCAAUCCUACUAUGAGUUCACGAUCGCUGAAAACGGUACUUAUCUUGUACGCCUGCAUUUCUUGGCUUUCUCCUCCUCAGUUAAUCUCUCCACAGCUCUUUUUGAUGUUCUGGCUUUUCCUAAUGUUUCAAAUUCUGGGUUCAAACUGUUAAGCAAUUUCACUGCUAAGAAUAGUAGCAACUCUCCUUUGAUAGAGGAGUUCUUCCUUGGGAUUGAUCCUGGCAAAUUUAAAAUAUAUUUUGUUCCUCAAGAAUCAUCUUUUGCAUUUGUAAAUGCCAUUGAAGUCUUCCUUGCCCCUGCAAGUUUCAAGCCUGAGCAUUACAGCAGUAGUUUCCCUUUAGUUCUACGUACAACUUACAGGGUGAAUGUUGGAGGCGAGAAAAUCAAACCAGAUAAUGACAAAAUAUGGAGAAACUGGGAUAAUGAUUCAAACGUUUAUCUGUCUAAUUCAAACGCUGCAGAGGAUAGCCAACCCUCCUCAGAGUCGCUUAAGUGGCAGCCAUUUGAAUCAGAUGGUUUCGUUGGUGCUGCUAGUGAUUGUAUUGCUCCAUAUUCAGUUUACCAGACUGCCAAAUUGAUGACCGAUAGUCCUAAGGGGCUAUCCAAUCCCUUCAACAUAACCUGGUCUUUUAAUGUGAGUGCGGAUGCUAGACACCUCGUCCGGGUUCACUUCUGUGACAUUAUUGGUACGCCUGGUACUUUAGUAUUUAACUUGUAUUCAAAUGGAAACUUCAUUAAGAAGGUUGGUGGACCCGAUUUCAAUUUUAAUGGCCUGUACUCGCCCUUCUACUAUGAUUUUGUAUUGAAUUCUAGUGGAUCUGAAUUCAUUAACAUCAGCAUAGCCCCUAACACAGACAUAACAACAAUUAACAAUGCCUUUCUAAAUGGACUGGAAAUGUUGGAGAUAAUAGAGGGACCAGCUUUAAGGAACCCUCCAGCUUCUGUUUGUAAUAUGAAAGGGCGCAAGAAGAUAAAGAUGGGUCUUGUGGUUGGUUCAGUUAUUGGAGGCCUGUCACUUAUCUGCAUUCUGAUUGUCGGAAUCUUGUUCGGUUUGAAAUACAGAAAGGCAAAGCGUGUUGAAACUCGGAAUGGUCACCAAUGCCUGCAUUUGGAGGAGGGAGUACCCGCAGCAGGUGAGGGUGGCUUUGGGAAUGUCUACAGAGGAACUCUGUUGAAUGGCAGAAAUGUCGCUGUCAAGCGAGGUAAACGAGAUGAGCAAGGGUCAGGCCAAGGCCUUCCAGAAUUUCAAACAGAGAUCAUGGUUUUGUCCAAGAUUCGCCACCGUCAUCUUGUUUCCUUAAUUGGGUACUGUGAUGAAAGGUCUGAGAUGAUACUGGUCUACGAGUUCAUGGAAAAAGGGAGCUUGAGAGAUCAUUUAUAUGAUUCAAACUUGCCUUGCUUGUCAUGGAAGCAAAGGCUUGAAAUUUGCAUUGGUGCAGCAAGGGGUCUUCAUUACCUCCACACAGGUGCAGCUGGGGGAAUCAUUCACCGUGAUGUUAAGUCCACCAACAUCUUGUUGGAUGAAAACCAUGUUGCCAAAGUUGCUGACUUUGGCCUUUCAAGAUCUGGUCCUCUUGAUGAAACACAUGUCAGCACAAAUGUUAAAGGCACUUUUGGUUACCUUGAUCCUGAAUACAUAAUGUCCCAACAGUUGACAGAAAAAUCUGAUGUUUUCUCAUUUGGCGUGGUUCUCCUUGAGGUGUUAUGUGCAAGACCUGCUAUUGAUACAACGCUCCCAAGAGACCAAAUGAAUUUAGCUGAAUGGGGAAUGCUUUGCAAGAAGAAAGGGUUGCUUGAACAAAUUGUUGACUCUUCAAUCAAGAAUCAGAUUGAUCCUAGCUCAUUCAGAAAUUUUAGCGAGACAGCAGAGAAAUGCUUGCAAGAAGAUGCUAAUGAUAGGCCUACAAUGGGUGAUGUGCUGUGGGACUUGGAGUAUGCAUUCCAGCUCCAGCAAACAGCAAAGCAUAGAGAACCUCAUGAAGACAGCACAGCCAAUGCUUCAUCAGCAUUUGUUUUGCCAAAUAUUCAGUGUUUUCCUUCAGUUAGCUCCACGAUUAACAUAGAUGAUCUGGCUCUUCCCGGAGACGAUGAAUUAGAUACGACAGAAGUUGAAGUUUUCUCCCAAUUGAGAGUUGGUGAUGCCAGAUAG